CAAAAAAGAUAUCUUGUGAAAUAAUGGGUUCCUUAAAGAAACCAAACCUUCCUGUUAUUGAAUUCUCUGUUAAACAUUUAGACACUGCUUCAAGUUCUUGGUUCACAAAGCGCGUUGAGGUUACACGCGCACUUGAAGAAUACGGGUGUUUCAUAGCCACAUAUGAAGGAGUGUCCCAAGAACUACAUGAUGCAAUUUUCCUUGCAUCACAAGAGUUAUUUGAUCUUCCUACUGAAGUUAAAGUUUUGAACACUUCAGAUACACCAUCGCAUGGUUAUGUCGGGCAAAUACCUGUUAUUCCUCUUUAUGAAGGCUUAGGCAUUGAAGAUUCAACCACUACACAUGGAGUUGAAAGAUUCACAAAACUCAUGUGGCCCUCUGGAAAAGAUAGUUUCAGUGAAAGUGUGUUAAAGUACACAAAGGCUGUAGCGGAACUGGAUCAGAUAGUGAUGAGAAUGGUGGCUACAAACUAUGGAAUAGAGGAACACUAUGAAUCGCUCCUCGGGUCAACAACUUAUCUUCUAAAACUCAUAAAAUACAUAAGUCCUCAAGGGGAUGACAGAAAUAUGGGAAUUGUUCCACACACAGAUAAGACUUUCAUGUCCAUUCUUCACCAAAAUGAAGUAAAGGGUUUGGAGAUCAAGACAAAGGAUGGGGAGUGGAUUGAAGUUCAUCCUUCACCAUCAUCUUUUAUAGUCAUGGCAGGGGAUGCUUGCAUGGCAUGGACAAAUGGAAGGAUCGAGCCAUCGUGUCACAGGGUGAUGAUGCAAGGGAACACGGAUAGAUAUUCGCUAGGGCUAUUUACAUUUAUCCGUGAUCUCAAAGUAGAGGCACCUCAAGAACUUGUUGAUGAAAACCACCCUCUACAAUUUAAGGCAUUUGAUCACUACAAAUAUCUUCAUUACCAUGCCUCAGCUGAAGGAAGGAGAUCAAAGUUCCCCCUCAAAUCCUACUGUGGAAUUUGAAACACUCUUCCCAGCCCACUGUUUAGUUAUUAUUUCUAUGUAUGCUUUUAAUUUUGCUUUUGUUUCUCAUUUCCCUUUGUCCACCAAGUAUGAAUUAAUGCAUAAAAGUUGUGUGGGGUUUUUAAGAACA